AUGCCGACUCCAUCCCACAGAGGCUCUGCGAGCCGUGACGGUAGCGGCCGUACGUCUCGUGCAUCCGGAAUGAUGAUGAGCCUGCUCGGCAUGCGGAACCGGCGUGAACGGUCAAACUCAGACUCGUCGUCGACACCUCACGUACCUGUGGUCGAUGACGUCUUUCUCAAACCCUCCGUACCCAGCUAUAUUCGCAACAACACGGGUUGGGAGAACAUGCCCGCUCCACCAUGCGACACCCAGAUCUACCUUCUCCAACCCCAACAGUCUCUUUCCACAACUCCGCCCGUCGACAGCAAGGAGAACAACCCAACUUUCAUGGGCCAGGCACACGUAUCGACGCCGCCCAUCCCUUCUCAGGCCCAGUUUGUGCCGUCAUACUACACAUACACGCUCCCGAAUAUAUAUCAGUGGCCACACGCGGGUGUUUCGAGUCCGAUGAUGCCAAUGAGCAUGCCUGUGCAUAGCGUUGUUCCGCCCAGCGGCAGCACGGCCGCCUCACAAAGCUUCACAUCGCAGACCUCUAAGCGCAGUGGGCGUACCAAACGACGGCCUCGCAGCCCUUUGCACAGCCGCCGCCAAUCUCGGGACCGGUCGUAUGACUCCUCUCAGACUGAGACCCGGUAUCGGUCUCGCCGCUCGAGCACGCCAAGCCGGUCUCAUUGCCGCCGGUCGUCUCUCAAGCGCAGCCAACGGUACCGCCGUACGUCGUCUCGACACAAGAAGGUACUGGCGCACCACUUUUGCACCGGCUGUGGCAGGAUUCGGUCUCGCAAGUUCCACGAUUCGAAUCCUUUCCGUCCUGGCAAAAAGACGCUUAUCAACUACUGUCUCAAAUGUCGUGAAGUGUUAGACUUGUGCAACGACGACCGCAUUGUGUCUGCGGGCGAGACUGAGCCUCUUGUUCGCGUCAAGGUACAGCGACAUACCAUUCCAGUGUUUACAACUAGUUUACGUCCCAUGAUGGAGGAGGCCAUUCAGUCUUUGCCGAAGCCUUACGCCGCGCACAUUGCAAAUUCAAGCUCUUCACCCAAGGAGUCCCGUCAUGAACAUAGCCAUACCCAGGAACCAAGGACUGAGCCAGUUUCGGUGAAAACGGCCCCAUCAAAGGAGUCAACUAAAGUGCCCACCAAGCAGCCUCUCAAGACUGCAUCCAACAGCAGUUUGAAAAAGACAAGGGGCUAUCAUCCGCCGACAGUAGAGUCGGUUCUUGACUCUGAUGACGAAGAACCGUCCAGCUACUAUCAGUGCAGCGCAGCCCGACCACGGUACAGCAAAAGCGAGCACGAAUAUUUGAGAGCGGACGACUGCCAAACGGUUAAGAGUAGCCCGUCAGUUCCUCCUCCUCGCAGCGAAGUGCUGGAAACUACUCCUCGAGGCAGUGAUCGAUUGGCAGGCGAUGGCAACCCUUCUCAGCAUCACGUCCGCUUUGAGACGCUGUCGAGAAGCGAGACAGAAACCAAAGACCUGUUCACCGGCUCUCGUAUCACGGACAACAAGACCAAUUUCUUCGCAUCGUUCCCGCCAGCCUGUCGCCCAGCUGUGAUCGCCUCACCUCCCAUCAAGUCGGUUCGUCGCUGUGCUUCCGACCAUGUCAAUUUCGAGCAGUACAGAAAGCGUCGUACAAUGGCCAUGGAGAACCAGGAGCCACACCUUAUGUGCACACCUCAUAGUCAUCGAUGCUAUGACCAUAUUGACUCGGAAGCCGACCGCAGCGUGUUCUACUGCCAGACAAUGCCCAGCGCCUUGACUGGACGCAAGACGAGGGAUGCGUUUUCGUCGCCGCUGAAGCCGGCCUCUCAUGACAUGUAUGGCGCAACGCCGUACAGCCCGCUGAUGCCAAUCCCGGGAAGCACACGCGUGCCUCGCACAUUCAGCGUGCAUACGGUCAGUCCGUCUAUGGCGUCCGAAGAGCUCUAUCAACCGCAAACUAGCCAGCCUCAGCGCUCCAUCCCCAAGUCGCCUGCUCCGUUUGAGGAUGAUGCCCCCUAUGGGUCCUGCUCAAAUGCUGGCCAAGAUGGCUGGAGCACUGGCUAUGUUGGUGCAGAGCCGUCUGCGGGCAAUUGGAACCUCAAGAACGCUCACCGUGCCAUGUCUGAUGCCACUGAAGAGCUCCCGUCACCUCGCUCCAGCACACUUGGCGUGAACUAUGAUGAUCAGAACGGGGACCCAAUCAGCCAGCUCGGUGAAGGCAUCCCGCCGUACAAUUUCGACCUCUUCUCAGAGGUUGGCUCUCGCCGCUCCUUCCAGGGAAAUGACGAUGGGUGUGAGACAGAGACCGCCAACCCCUUUAGCGACGAAGCUGAGGAGGAUGACCAGUUCGACGACACGUGCGCUGCAGAAUUUCACUACAACAGCUUCGAAAACGAUCCAAUUGUUCCAGAUUACAAUUUCGACUUGUUUUCGGACGUGACGAACUGUUGGUCGCCGCCAAACGCCGGAUACGGAGAGGCCAACGAAUCCAGACAUGAUCGUGGCUGGGGGUCCAAGACCGGCGAUUUCUGUGAGAAAGAGAACGAAACCGCCCCGAAUAUCAACCAGGAAAUAGCACUUGUCGGCCGCAGUCGGCCGCUGCGUCGCGCCCGCAAGCCGUCAACGUUUGAGGUCGAGGAGUACACGGGAACCGACGACGAUGCAGCCAGUGUGGCCAGCAGCAGCCUUGGGAAGCCUGGAACGCGGUCGUUUGUCAGCACAACGCAGCGGCUGGUCGAUUGUGAGGUGAUUUCGAACCCCGAUGACUCGCACGGCGCGGAGGCACGCAGAACACGGCCUCCUCUUCGAUGCCGUGCCUCGAUCCGAACGAUUCAGACAGUCUACUGA